CUCCUGCAACUGCAAAACCCCAAACCCUUCAUUUCAGAGAAGUGAAUGAUAAUAGACUCUGUUCGAUUCCAUAUGUUUUGACAUUUGGCUUAUGGAUUUUAAUGUGGAACCACAUAAUUUUUAAGCAGAGCAAUUCUGAUACACAUUCCACAUAAGUAGCCCGCCAUAAACGAGGCAAAAGUAAAAUUAGAAACAUAAACUGUCAAGAUAUAGUACAUCUCAGUUUUUAGUCAUUCGAAGGUCUCUUUUAUUAGUUUUAAUAGCAGAAAAAAUGUAUUCUCUACUUUAUAUAUAUUUUAAUAGCAGAAAAAAUGUAUUCUCUACUUUAUAUAUCGAUAUAUCGUUUAUUAUAUUAAUUGUUAGGACAUGACUCAACAAAAUAGAUGCACGACAGAAAAGAGAAACAGAAACAAAAAAAAAUCUAAACCAUAAUGGGCUCGAUUACCUUAUAAGUGAUAAUUACCAAAGAUAGAAUGAAAUAUAGCUCUUUUAAUUAUUUGAAUGAGCCACAACAAAAUCUGUGUUUUAAUGCAUGUAUGUACGCUAAUUUAACAGACAAGCUUCCAUAUAAAACCAAGGGUGGAUAAGAAGUCCCAUGAAUUCCAAAAAAAUAAAAAGGAAGAUAUUACAUAGGCAUCCACCCAACUCACAGUACUAAAUUUUCUGCAUCACAUUUACUACUUUAUUUGUGCAAAUAGAAUCGCCUACCCGAGAUUUCAUAUUUAUCCUACCUAUAACUCAAUCUUAAUUACCAUUUAUGUGAAAACCACAUUCCCUCACACAUGGACAACAAAUCUUCUUGUAUUGACUCUUCCAUUGUAAGCCGUCAUAAACUUAGCAAUGUAAUAAUAUACCAAAAUGGUCUAUAUUGAUUUUCAUAUCUCCUGCAUUGUAAGAGCAAUAAAUUUCUAUUUAGGACGUAAUCUUCUAGAAUUGGUUAGGUAGCCCUUGCUGCUCCUAUAUAUAUCGAAGGCUGUUUGGGGCAAGCAAACCCACUAAAGCUACUAAGGCUUUUCCUUCUUCUUCCCUAGUUUGCAAUUGUUUUUCCUCUCAAUUUUUUCUCUUUCAGCCAUGACUAGAAAGAAGGUCAGCCUGACCUACAUCACUAAUGACUCAGCUAGAAAAGCCACAUUCAAGAAAAGGAAGAAGGGUUUGAUGAAGAAGGCGAAUGAACUUAGCACCCUUUGUGAUAUUCAAGCAUGUGUUAUUAUUUAUAGCCAGUAUGAAUCUCACCCUGAAGUUUGGCCAUCCCCUUUGGGAGUGCAACACAUUGUCUCACAAUUCAGGAGCCUGCCAGAGAUGGACCAGAGCAAAAAGAUGGUCAACCAGGAGACCUUUCUGAGGCAGAGGAUUGUGAAGGCCAAAGAGCAGCUGAAGAAGCUGAGGAAGGAGAACCGGGAGAAGGAGAUGUCGAGGGUCAUGUUUCAGAGCCUGACUGGUAAGCCUCUGCAGGGACUGACCAUGAUUGAUCUGAACGACCUUGGGUGGCUCAUUGACCAGAACUUGAAGGAGCUUGUUGACAAGAUCAAGACCCGGAAGGAGGAGCUGGCUCAGAGAAAUCCAGUCCCAGUCCCACCAACUCCAGCAGCUGUGCCUGCAGCUGGAGACCAUGCCCUGAACCUGAACAUGCAGGCAACAAUGGAGAGACAAGCUUUCGGGCUUAGCAACAUGGGCAACACCAUGCAGAGGCCUUCAUGGUUCACAGACAUGAUGAACCCUAAUGAGCAAAUGGCGUUUGGUGCUGUGGCUGAGGUUCUGCCCUUUGGGGAUCAAUACCAUCAUGGUCUUUGGUCUAACAAUCCCCUUUUUCCUUGAGAUAUCUAGCGUUUGUUUCUUUGGUGUUUUUUAAGUGAUUUGGUGCAUGUGUUGAUGGUUUUAGUCUUAAACCACAGGAGGUUGUGUAUCUUUCUUUAAUCUUAUGUACUAAAAAGUUUAAUGACCAGUAGUUGUUGGGUUUGUUCGUAUUCUUCGAGGGCUUAUUAUCUGAUGUAUUUGAGUUUUAUUAGUCUUUUUAAUAUCCAUGCAAAUAUAAUCUAUAUAAUAUAUAUAUAUAAACAUCCAUGGGAUGAGAGAAGGGUUGCAAGUAAGAAAUUUUUUUAUUAGUAUAAUCAUAAUCGACGAUCAUAUUGUACAAAAGAGUUUUAUCGAUAACUAAUUUAGGUAUGUAUGAAGGAUAUACAUGCAUGUUAAUAACAAUAGACAAGAUGUCAAUUUGCCAAUUAUAGUAUCUUAAUAAUGAGACAACCAUUCAAUUUGCACUGAACGAUACGUAUGUGGCAGGUACUCCUACCAUAUAUUUGCAAUGAACGAUACGUAGUGGCGUAGCCAGGAAUUCUCUCAAGGAGGGGCAACAUUAUUAGCCAAGAUAAAUGGAAAAGCCAUACCACCACCAGACUUGGACUAGGAUGGUUUAGAGGAGAAGAAAAAUGCAUACAAGGAUGUGCCAAGAGAAUAAAACUAUGAGACAAUAGAUUAAUAACCUAAAAUCUUAAGUAUCCAUUGUUUUUCUACAUAAAUAUUUUAGAAUAAGUUCAAUUAUAUAAGAAAACUUUGAUGGUUGUUGUUCCAAAAAUAUUUAAUGGGUUUUAAGACAAUAUUGGAAGAUGUUGCUAAUUAAACUGAACAUGAAUAAAAACAUUUACGUGGUAGAAGGUCAAACCAAUUGCUCUACCACCCACUUCCAUAUGCUUCAUGCCUUCUUUCUCAAGGUCAAGUUGAAAAUAAUGAGCAAACAAAAGCCUAAACUGUAAGUGUUACAAUUGGGUCAGAAGGGUCAUAUGACCCUCCUAGGCCUUAAUUGGCACCCACCAUACAACUGUACUUAGCGGAACGAAACGUAGUCUUACAAACCAUGGACCCUAAACCCUAAUGGUACACCUACCAUUUUACUGUCAUAUUACACAGUAAAAUGACAAUACUUUUUAUCAUUCAUCUUUUCACCUAGUAAUUGUCCACAAUGGUGAUAGAGAGAGUCAUAGAUAUCGAUGUUAUUUAUCAGUGGAUGGCUACAAAACUAAUUAAUGACCAGAGGUUGUGUUAGGCUAUAAGAAACUAAAAUUCCUCAAAUUGGAAGUGGGAUUUUUUCCACUUUGUAUAUGUUAACUAAGAACGACUUUGAAAUGCAAGAAUUUUAAACUAUCCUCUACAAUGCACUUUGAAAAAAAUGCAAAGAAGACUCUGCUGACUAAUAACUAUGACUCAUAAUCAUAAAUCACAUGCAAUCAAAUAAUCAUAAACUCCAUUUCAAUUAAAUAAAAAACUCAUAAAUCAU